GUUGCCCUUCUUAAUCCCUGUCCUCGUGCCAUUUAACCUCGGGCGUCUAGUCGCCAAAGCCUCUUAAGCCCCACACGCCGUUGGAGACUGACAAGCCGAUCAAGCCGCCUCGAGAGGCUUCUCCUGUAAUGGCGCCUGCGUCAGUCACUAACAUGGCGGACACAGUUGUGCGCGGCGCAAACGUCAGCAGCUCUACCCCAGCGGCUCAGAGACAGCGGAGGAGAGCCGGGCCGCGCUCUCUGAUUGGUCCAAGGGCGGAGCGUGCGGAUCCGGACGUUCCCACAGAGGCCAAUCAGGACGGCGACACACGGAAUUGGCCGCUGCGCCUCCUCCCAAAGCAUUCUGGGAGCCUGGAGGACUAGCGAGGAGGAGUUGAGAGAACGGAGCGGACGCCAUGGCGACCAACAUCGAGCAGAUUUUUAGGUCUUUCGUGGUCAGUAAAUUCCGGGAAAUUCAACAGGAGCUUUCCAGUGGAAGGAGUGAAGGCCAGCUCAAUGGUGAAACAAAUGCACCUAUUGAAGGAAACCAGGCAGGUGAUGCAGCUGCUUCUGCCAGGAGCCUACCAAAUGAAGAAAUAGUUCAGAAGAUAGAGGAGGUACUUUCUGGGGUCUUAGAUACAGAACUACGAUAUAAGCCAGACUUGAAGGAGGCCUCCAGAAAAAGUAGAUGUGUGUCUGUACAAACAGAUCCUACUGAUGAAGUUCCCAGCAAGAAGUCAAAGAAGCAUAAAAAGCACAAAAAUAAAAAGAAGAAAAAGAAGAAAGAAAAGGAAAAAAAGUAUAAAAGACAGCCAGAAGAAUCUGAAUCAAAGCUGAAAUCACAUCAUGAAGAGAACAUGGAUUUAGAAUCGGAUUCCUUUUUGAAGUUGGACUCUGAGCCUGCAGCGAUGGCCCUGGAGCACCCUCUGGGAGCAUUUGGGCUAUCUGAGACCAGUGAAGCUCCUGCAGUAGUGCCGGAGCCUCCUCUGGUGUCACUGGAGGCAUCACAGCCACACACCUCAGAGACUCUGAAGCCAGCUACAAAGACUGCAGAACUGUCCGCUGUAUCUACAUCAGUAAUCUCUGUGCAGUCAGAGCAGUCUGUGGCAGUGACGCUGGAAACACCCAUGACAACGAUUCUGGAUUCCUUUUCAACAGCUCCGGUGCCUACUACAGCAGUAGUGCUGAAGUCAUCUGAGCCCACUGUAACAAUGUCAAUGGGGUAUCAGAUGAAGUCUGUGCUGAAGUCUUUGGAGAGCACUUAUUCAGAGUCAUCAACGAUCAUGUUGGAGCCUCCAGUAGCUAAAGUGGUAGAGACAUCAGAAACCCUUACGGUAUCAUCACAGACACCUACUGAGUUAUACCCUGAGCCAAGUGCAUCAACAGCAGUGGAUAUUCCAGAGUCUUCUGCAACUGAAGACCUAAGAUUGCCAGAGAAGCCUGUAGAAGUAUCAUCGGAAACGGCAGAUUCAUCCAUGACAAGAUCACAGGAGUUCCUGGAGCUGCCCAAGCCCACAGCACUGGAGCUGCCGGAGUCGUCGGUGGCCUCAGCGAUGGAGUUGCCGGGGCCACCUGCGACUUCCAUGCCGGAGUUGCAGGGGCCCCCUGUGACUCCAGGGCUGGAGUUACCUGGGCCCUCUGCUACCCCGGUGCCAGAGUUGCCAGGGCCCCUUUCUACCCCAGUGCCUGAGUUGCUAGGGCCCCCCGCGACAGCAGUGCCUGAGUUGCCGGGGCCCUCAGUGACAUCAGUGUCACAGUUGUCACAGGAAUUGCCAGGGCUUCCAGCACCAUCCAUGGGGUUGGAGCCACCACAGGAGGUACCAGAGCCACCUGUGAUGGCACAGGAGUUGCCAGGGCAGCCUGCGGUAACAGUAGCAAUGGAGUUGACCGAGCAACCUGCGACGACGACAGAGUUGGAGCAGCCUGUGGGGGUGACAUCGGUGGAACAUCCUGGGCAGCCUGAGGUGACAACGGCAACAACGUUGCUGGGGCAGUCUGAAGCAGCGAUGGUGCUGGAGUUGCCAGGGCAGCCAGUGGCAACGACAGCGCUGGAGUUGCCGGGGCAGCCUUCGGUGACUGGGGUGCCAGAGUUGCCAGGGCUGCCUUCGGCAACUAGGGCACUGGAGUUGUCUGGGCAGCCUGUGGCAACUGGGGCACUGGAGUUGCCUGGGCAGCUCAUGGCAACUGGGGCACUGGAGUUCGCGGGGCAGUCUGGGGCAGCUGGAGCACUGGAGCUUUUGGGGCAACCUCUGGCAACAGGGGUUCUGGAGUUGCCAGGGCAGCCUGGGGCGCCAGAGUUGCCUGGGCAGCCUGUGGCAACUGUGGCGCUGGAGAUCUCUGUUCAGUCUGUGGUGACAACGGAGCUGUCAACGAUGACCGUGUCGCAGUCCCUGGAGGUGCCCUCGACGACAGCGCUGGAAUCCUAUAAUACGGUAGCACAGGAGCUGCCUACUACAUUAGUGGGGGAGACUUCUAUAACAGUAGGAGUGGAUCCCUUGAUGGCCCAGGAAUCCCAUAUGUUAGCUUCUAACACCAUGGAGACCCAUAUGUUAGCGUCCAACACCAUGGACUCCCAGAUGCUAGCGUCCAACACCAUGGACUCCCAGAUGCUAGCGUCCAACACCAUGGACUCCCAGAUGCUAGCGUCCAGCUCCAUGGACUCCCAGAUGCUAGCGUCCAGCUCCAUGGACUCCCAGAUGCUAGCGUCCAGCUCCAUGGACUCCCAGAUGCUAGCGUCCAGCUCCAUGGACUCCCAGAUGCUAGCGUCCAGCUCCAUGGACUCCCAGAUGCUAGCGUCCAGCUCCAUGGACUCCCAGAUGCUAGCGUCCAGCUCCAUGGACUCCCAGAUGCUAGCGUCCAGCUCCAUGGACUCCCAGAUGCUAGCGUCCAGCUCCAUGGACUCCCAGAUGUUAGCGUCCAGCUCCAUGGACUCCCAGAUGUUAGCGUCCAGCUCCAUGGACUCCCAGAUGUUAGCGUCCAGCUCCAUGGACUCCCAGAUGUUAGCUUCCGGCACUAUGGACUCCCAGAUGUUAGCUUCCGGCACCAUGGAUGCCCAGAUGUUAGCGUCUGGUACCAUGGAUGCCCAGAUGUUAGCGUCUAGUACCCAAGAUUCUUCUAUGUUGGGUUCAAAAUCUCCUGAUCCAUAUAGAUUAGCUCAGGAUCCUUACAGGUUAGCUCAGGAUCCCUAUAGGUUAGGUCAUGAUCCUUAUAGGCUAGGUCAUGAUGCCUACAGGUUAGGGCAAGACCCAUAUAGAUUAGGGCAUGAUCCCUACAGACUAACUCCUGAUCCCUAUAGGAUGUCACCUAGACCUUACAGGAUAGCACCUAGAUCCUAUAGGGUAGCCCCCAGGCCAUAUAGAUUAGCACCUAGGCCCCUGAUGUUAGCAUCUAGACGGUCUAUGAUGAUGUCCUAUGCUGCAGAACGUUCCAUGAUGUCAUCUUAUGAACGCUCUAUGAUGUCUUACGAGCGGUCUAUGAUGUCCCCUAUGGCUGAGCGCUCUAUGAUGUCAGCCUAUGAGCGCUCUAUGAUGUCAGCCUAUGAACGCUCAAUGAUGUCCCCUAUGGCUGAGCGCUCCAUGAUGUCAGCUUAUGAGCGCUCUAUGAUGUCAGCUUACGAGCGCUCCAUGAUGUCCCCAAUGGCUGACCGAUCAAUGAUGUCCAUGGGUGCCGACCGGUCUAUGAUGUCAUCGUAUUCUGCUGCUGACCGGUCUAUGAUGUCAUCGUACUCUGCAGCUGACCGAACUAUGAUGUCAUCUUACACUGCUGAUCGUUCAAUGAUGUCUAUGGCAGCUGAUUCUUACACCGAUUCUUACACUGAUACAUAUACAGAGGCAUAUAUGGUGCCACCUUUGCCCCCUGAAGAGCCUCCAACAAUGCCACCAUUGCCACCUGAAGAGCCACCCAUGACACCACCUUUGCCUCCUGAGGAACCACCGGAGGGCCCAGCAUUACCCACUGAGCAGUCAGCAUUAACAGCUGAAAAUACUUGGCCUGCUGAGAUGCCAGCAUUACCUCCUGAAGAAUCUGUAUCCCUGCCUGAACCUCCUGUGAGUCAAAGUGAGAUUUCAGAGCCUUCGGUAGUGCCAGCUGAUUAUUCAGUGUCAGCAUCAGAGCCUUCAAUGUUAGUAUCAGAGGCUGCCGUGACUGUUCCAGAGCCACCACUGGAGCCAGAGUCUUCGGUUACAUCAACACCUAUGGAGUCUGCUGCAAUAGCAGAAGAGCAUGAAGCUGUUCUAGAGAGACCAGUGACUUAUGUGGUAUCUGAAACUCCUGUAAUGUCAGCUGAACCGACUAUGUUAACAUCAGAGCCUUCUAUUAUGUCAGAGACAGCAGAAACUGAUUCCAUGAGAGCUCCAGGACAUGUUGCCUCAGAGGUAUCUGUGUCCCUCCUGGAGCCUGGAGCAACUAUUCCAGAGCCACCACAGAGUACUCUAGAACUGUCAGCCAUGGCCGUCUCAGAGCUACCCUCUGUGGCUGUCCCGGAGUCCCCAGCUGAGGCUGUCCCGGAGUCCCCAGCUGAGGCUGUCCCGGAGUUCCCAGCCGAGGCUGUCCCGGAGCCCCCAGCCGAGGCUGUCCCGGAGCCCCCAGCCGAGGCUGUCAUGGAGCCCUCAGCUGAGGUUGUCAUGGAGCCCCUGCCUGCGAUAAUUCCUGGGCCAAUGGCUGUGGCUGUACUGGGGCCAUCGGUUGAGGCUGUCCCAGAGUCCCUUGCCGAGCCAGAGCAUGUUACCAUUCCUGUGCCAGUUUCUGCCCCAGAGCCUGCUGUGCCUGUCCUGGAACCAGCAGUGUCAGUCCUUCAACCUAACAUGAUUAUUUCAGAACUGUCUGUUUCUGUCCAAGAAUCCACAGUGACAGUCUUAGAGCCUGUUGUCACUGUCUCAGAGCAGACUCAAAUAAUAUCAACUGAGAUGGUUUUAGAGUCUGCACCAGUGAUGCUUAAGUCUAGUGUUGUAAAAGGAAUGGAUUUAAUAUCUGGUGAUCAAAAUCUUGCUUCAGAGGUUGGAAUGCAGGAGGUUCCCAUACAUUCAGAUGAAGAGCCACAUGCUAAAAGACACCUGAAAAAUCACUCUUAUGAAUCUGAACUUGGUAUAAAUAGAAACCUUGAUAUAAAUAAUCAUUUAAUUGCUAAAGAGAUGGAACACAGCACAGUGUCCUCUGCCAGCACUGGUGCUGUUGGUGAAAUUGGUGAGAAAAUUUUACCCAUCAGUGCAGCUAAACAAUGCACAGUAUUGGAUACCUGCCCUAGUGUUAGUGAAGCUGAAGUAGGAGGAACUCUAUCUUCUGGUCCCUUUGCUGUUGAACCUGAUACAUUGGGAACGAGUCAGGGUAUUGAAUUUGCCACAGCAUCUGCUCUCAGUUCAGUUAGUAAAUAUGAUGUUGAAGUAUCUUUAACUACUCAAGAUACUGAACAUGACAUGGUAAUUUCCACCAGCCCCAGUGGUGGUAGUGAGGCUGACAUAGAGGGACCUUUGCCUGCUAAAGACAUUCAUCUUGACUUAUCAUUUAAUAACUUUAUUAGUAAUGAUGCAGAAGGACCAUUACCUAUAAAAGAGAGUGACCAGACUUUAGCAGUUGCUCUCAGCCCUAAAGAAAGUAGUGAAGAUAAAGAAGUACCUCUCUCUACUAAAGAGACAUUGUCUGAAUCUGGAUUUUCUGCCAGUAUUGAGGAUAUUAACGAGGCAGAUUUAGUGAGACCACUACUUCCUAAGGACAUGGAACGUCUUACAAGCCUCAGGGCUGGUAUUGAAGGACCUUUACUUGCAAGCGAAGUUGAACGUGACAAAUCUGCUGCCAGUCCAGUUGUAAUUGGUGUAACAGAAAGAGCUUCAGAGUCGUCUUCAGAAGAAAAAGAUGAUUAUGAAAUUUUUGUAAAAGUUAAGGACACACAUGAAAAAAGCAAGAAAAAUAAGAACCGUGAUAAAGGUGAGAAAGAGAAGAAGAGAGACUCUUCAUUAAGAUCUCGAAGUAAGCGGUCCAAGUCUUCGGAACACAAAUCACGCAAGCGUACCAGUGAAUCUCGUUCUAGGGCAAGGAAGAGAUCAUCUAAGUCCAAGUCACGUCGCUCUCAGACACGUUCACGGUCACGUUCAAGACGCAGAAGGAGGAGCAGCAGGUCAAGAUCAAAGUCUAGAGGAAGGCGAUCUAUAUCAAAAGAGAAGCGCAAAAGAUCUCCAAAGCACAGGUCCAAGUCCAGGGAAAGAAAAAGGAAAAGAUCAAGCUCCAGGGAUAAUCGGAAAACUGUUAGAGCUCGAAGUCGUACCCCAAGUCGGCGGAGUCGGAGUCACACUCCGAGUCGAAGAAGAAGAUCUAGAUCUGUGGGGAGACGGAGCUUUAGCAUUUCCCCGAGCCGACGGAGUCGCACCCCGAGCCGACGGAGUCGUACCCCGAGCCGACGGAGCCGCACUCCGAGCCGACGGAGUCGCACCCCGAGCCGACGGAGUCGCACCCCGAGCCGACGGAGCCGCACCCCGAGCCGACGGAGCCGCACCCCAAGCCGACGGAGAAGAUCAAGGUCUGUGGUAAGAAGACGAAGCUUCAGUAUAUCACCAGUCAGGUUAAGGCGAUCACGAACACCCUUGAGAAGAAGAUUUAGCAGAUCUCCCCUCCGCCGCAAACGAUCCCGGUCUUCGGAAAGAGGCAGGUCACCUAAACGUCUGACAGAUUUGAAUAAGGCUCAAUUACUUGAAAUAGCCAAAGCUAAUGCAGCUGCCAUGUGUGCUAAGGCUGGUGUUCCUUUGCCGCCAAACCUAAAGCCUGCACCUCCACCUACAAUAGAAGAGAAAGUUGCUAAAAAGUCAGGAGGAGCUACUAUAGAAGAACUAACUGAGAAAUGCAAACAGAUUGCUCAGAGUAAAGAAGAUGAUGAUGUAAUAGUGAAUAAGCCUCAUGUUUCGGAUGAAGAGGAAGAAGAACCUCCUUUUUAUCAUCAUCCCUUUAAACUCAGUGAACCCAAACCCAUUUUUUUCAACCUGAAUAUUGCUGCAGCAAAGCCAACGCCUCCAAAAAGCCAGGUCACAUUAACAAAAGAAUUUCCUGUGUCUUCUGGAUCUCAACAUCGAAAAAAAGAGGCAGAUAGUGUUUAUGGAGAGUGGGUUCCAGUGGAGAAAAAUGGUGAAGAAAACAAAGACGACGAUAAUGUUUUCAGCAGCAAUCUGCCCUCUGAGCCUGUGGACAUCUCUACAGCAAUGAGUGAGCGGGCACUUGCUCAGAAAAGACUCAGUGAGAAUGCAUUUGACCUUGAAGCCAUGAGCAUGUUAAAUCGAGCUCAGGAACGGAUCGAUGCCUGGGCUCAGCUGAACUCUAUUCCUGGCCAGUUCACAGGAAGUACGGGAGUACAGGUCCUUACACAAGAACAGUUGGCCAAUACUGGUGCCCAAGCCUGGAUUAAAAAGGAUCAGUUCUUAAGAGCAGCCCCGGUAACUGGAGGAAUGGGAGCCGUUUUGAUGAGAAAAAUGGGCUGGAGAGAAGGAGAAGGAUUAGGAAAAAACAAAGAAGGAAAUAAAGAACCUAUCCUAGUUGAUUUUAAGACUGACCGAAAAGGUCUUGUUGCUGUAGGAGAAAGAGCACAGAAGAGGUCUGGGAACUUCUCUGCUGCAAUGAAAGAUCUGUCAGGCAAACAUCCUGUGUCUGCCUUGAUGGAAAUUUGUAAUAAAAGAAGGUGGCAACCACCUGAAUUUCUCUUGGUCCAUGACAGUGGCCCUGAUCAUCGCAAACAUUUUCUCUUUAGGGUAUUGAUAAAUGGAAGCGCUUACCAGCCCAGCUUUGCCAGCCCUAAUAAGAAGCAUGCUAAAGCCACAGCAGCUACUGUGGUUCUUCAAGCAAUGGGCCUUUUACCAAAGGACCUCAUGGCUAAUGCCACUUGCUUCAGGAGUGCCUCACGUAGAUAGAUUGAGGUUUUAUAUUAAUCAUUUCAGAUAAUUUUACUCUGCAUCAAAAUGUAUUUCCUCUUUAAUGUUGUAAAUAUUUGGCAAUUUAAGACAUUGUGUAAAAAGCAAUCUGUACAAACAUCUCCAGGCUUUGAUUUUUGUACCAUGGAAAUUGUAUUUAACCAUACAGGGUUUUGGUAUGUUUAUAUUGUUUACCUUAGUGAUGUAUUUGUUUAAGUGGCUAACAUCCAAACGAUUGUUUGAAGGCAUCCGUAAUCUUCAGUGUGGAAUGUUAAAUGACGCUUUUAUACUGUAUUUUGUACUAUGAUGUAACUCCCCUUCCUAUGGCUAGGCUGCUGUAACACUUGCCUAUAAUCAGUGAAGGGCUGUGCACCUUGUACUAGUUCACAAUGGGUUCUGCUGGACAGAUACUGGGGCCAGUGUUACUGAGGUAAUCAAGCAAGAUCUGUUCCACAGGGCUGAAGCCACCAUCUCCCCGUAACAUUUUGUAGAAGUUAUAAAAAGAAAGUGGUUUGUUGUGUGAUGAUCGGCACUAAGUCCUGUGUUCCCGUCAAAGCCACUUGGGCCAUGAGAAAGGAGUCAAAAUGAAGUCAGACUAGAAUUCUACUGCAGAGGCCAAGUCCAUUUAGUAUGGCAUUGAGUUGUGAUAUAGUUUUACUUUGAUGUGCAUUUUGAAUUUCAGCUACACCUAGAUAGACGUAAAAUGAUGACAAUGCUGUAACCAACUUAUCUAAUAAAAUCGGCACCCAGCCACUAUUUUGUUGACUGA